AUGACGCCAUGGUUGAACCAGUGGAACUUUGAUUUCGGCACCAGGGCCUUCCUAGAAAAGCUCUUCAAGUCGCAGAAAGGGCGACCGCACCCACAGUUCAAGAAAGAUGAGCAGUAUCGGCUCUACAAGGUUUUCAAGGAGCGUGAGCUCAAGAGUGGAACUUCCAACACAGCUACCACAAAGAUCAGCGGUGGUGGCCAGUUGAGGAGCUCGUCACCACUGGCUGAUGAAUCUGUGGAUGAAAAUUCGUCCCAGGCUCCUUCUGCUGGAGCAUCAGCUUCAGGCACCAGGCCCAAUCCUGAGGCGGAAGGUGUUGCUAAGUCUCUCAGUUCAAUGUUGGAUAGCAUGUGCCCUCUUGACAAAAAGGGCAAGAAUAAGGAAAAUGAUUCAGAUACUGAAGAUGAGGAUGAUGAGGCCCAGGGAAAGAAGCCGAAGAAAAGGAAAGGGAAAGGUCGAUCUACCCAGCAACCACGAGAAAGAACGGAAGAUCCCCAGGUGCAGCUAUAUGCAUCGCAACCCUUCACACUAUCUGCAACAUGCCUUCACUAUUCACAUAUCAUAUUUGUCUUUCUCUCUCUCUCUCUCUCCCUCCCUCUCUCUCUCUCUUCUCUCUCUCUCUCUCUCUCUCGCUCCCUCCCUCCCUCCAUCCAGGGUCUUCUUGAAUGUACUUGUGUCAGAGGCAGAAGCCAAGAAAAAAGAGCUUCAAUCUUUGAACAAAAUCAUCAACGGGCCAGUGCCCAAGUUACAUUGGUUGGGUUUUUGCUUGUCCUGGGUCCCAGGCCAAGUCAUGCAUUUUUUUACAUCUUGAGAUAUGUCCCUUCUGAGGCUGAGAAGCCUUGGGAAGAAAGCUCGCACUGUGGCCAACGACCUUCAUGA